AUGAUAAACAACUGCGGUAUCGUCAAACCGGUAUACCAGUCGAACGACAUCUACCGCAUCUAUCCAUGUCCUUCCGAGCCCAACGCGCUGAAAAGAGAAAACCCCAGGGACUUCAGGAGAAUUCAUACCUGGGCACUCAUUGCCGAUGGCGAUGUCACUGAUCCGCCCGUCCGCUUCAUGGGAAUCUUCGACACAGUGGGCAAGGGCGGAAUUCCAGAGUUUGCCGGUUCGCUCAGCGUCGAUUGGCUCAAGCCCCAUUACCAGCACGUCUCGAGCGUCGUCUCCGAGGCUUACCAUGCCUUAUUGCUACAUGAGCGCUUAUAUGCACUUCAGCCAUGCUUCGUCUCCCGCAACACGAGUAUGGGCCGUCCUACGUCAUCACGAAACGCUGGUUUUCCGGUAUUAGCACUUCAACAUUUUAAGGGGUAUCCUCUCAUAAACUCUCGAGAACAUACUUCCUCCGACUUGGGCCUGGACGAGCAAAGCAAUCAAGUCAAACGAGGUUCUGGUUCAUCUGGUCUUCAAGUGGAUGUUGGUGUGCGUUGA